UCAUCAAUGUGCGACAGCACCGUCGAUAUCUGCCAAUGGAGGAGCGGGCGACGUCAGCAACUUUGAAAAAAGCUUUAAAAACCCAUUUCGGGUUCAGUAGCUUUAGAUCUCAGGUCCAGGAAAAUGUUAUCAAAGCGGUUGUUCGAGGUGACAGGGACGUGUUUGUGUGCAUGCCCACUGGGGCAGGAAAGUCUCUGUGCUAUCAGCUGCCUGCUCUCCUGGCUGAAGGCAUCACUUUGGUCAUCUCCCCGCUAAUUGCUCUCAUUCAGGACCAAGUGUCCCACCUGAGGGAUCAGAACAUCCCCGCCCACUCCAUCAACUCCAAGCUUGCAGUGGGAGAGCGGCGGGUGAUCCUCGCCGACUUACAGAGCCAGAGCCCGAAGCUGAAGCUGCUCUACAUCACGCCGGAGAUGGUGGCGUCUGCGUCGUUCCAGCCUCACCUGACUGACUUGUGCUCGCGAGGCCUCCUGUCCUACCUAGCUGUGGACGAGGCCCACUGCGUCUCCCAGUGGGGUCACGAUUUCAGGCCCGACUACCUCAAACUGGGGGACCUGCGCUCUCGCAUGCCCGGGGUCGCCUGCAUAGCGCUCACAGCGACAGCCCCCAGCAACGUUCAAGAAGACAUCAUCCGGUCCCUGGAGCUGCGUCUUCCCCUGUCCUUCACAACGCCCGUUUUCCGCUCCAAUUUGCACUACGACGUCAUCUUCAGUGAGAUUCUUCCGAACCCUUUCGUUCACCUCCACGUCUUCAUCCAGAAGGCACUGGCUCUUGGCAGCGGCUCCAACGGAAAGGGCUGUGGGAUCGUGUACUGUCGGACCAGAGAGGGCUGUGAGACUGUGGCCCACCAGCUUACCAAGCUCGGUGUCCUAGCAAAGCCUUAUCAUGCUGGUCUCAAGGCCCAAGAUCGCACAGAAGCCCAGAAUGACUGGAUGCAGGGGAAAGUCCUGGUGAUUGUGGCCACCAUCAGCUUUGGUAUGGGUGUAGACAAGGCCAGUGUAAGGUUUGUUGCUCAUUGGAACCUGGCAAAGUCCAUGGCCAGCUACUACCAGGAGUCCGGGCGAGCAGGGAGAGACGGACUGCCGUCCCUGUGUCGCAUUUACUACUCCCGGAAGGAUAUGCAGCAAAUUAAAUUCCUCGUCCAUAAGGAGAUUGCACGUAAACAGGAAAAGCGCAACUCUGCAAAAGAAUGCGACAAAUCAGCCAUUAAAGACCUUGAAGCCAUGGUGUCCUUUUGCGAGCAGGAGAGUUGCCGCCAUGCCUCCAUUUCCAAGUUUUUCGGGGACAAGCCACCCAACUGUUCAGGCGCUUGCGACUGCUGUUCCAACCCCAAAGUUGUGCGGGCCCAGCUGGAGAGGGUGUCCAGCCUCAACACUGGGAUCACAGCUCACAGCAAAGAGUCCCAUGGCCCCUUUGGUUUCAACCAGGACUUUUAUGAAGGAGGAAAAAAGGGAUAUGGCUUUGAGAGGUUUGACGAAGGGGAAGACAAUGUUGAAGACGAUGCCAAGAGGAAACAGGAGUUCUCCGACCUCUUCAAGAAGCAGAUGAUGCUCAGGAAGGGACUUGCCACCCAGACGGACAACUUCAUUCCUCCAGACGCCAACUGCCCACUCAGAGAGGCGAGCUGUCAGAGGAUCCCCAGGCUCACCGUGAAGACCAGAGAGCACUGCCUAUCCCUCCUGCAGGAGGUAUUAUAUGGCCACCAGAGGGCAGACGACGCGUUCAGCUGUCUUCUCACCUCAGCUGUGGAUAUUGAACAUGAGGUGUUCAAGAGCAGCAAGUCUUCCAACUUGUACAAAGCAGCCAUAUUAAAAAAGGUGUCCGAGAUGAAGAAAGCGCCUGCUGUGACAGAGCAGGUGAAGAGCUGCAGUGGAGGCGAAGCCAUGCGGAAACAUGAAGAGGAGGCGUCCUCCUCUUCGUCCUUAUCCGAGGAGCUGCAUGGGUUUAAAUCUGCAUCCGAGGUCUACUCGAUGAAGCGUAAGAGAAUGGGAGCAGGCCACAGGGGCUCGUCGCACUCCCACCUGGCUGCCAAGGAUCUGCUGAAGCCCUCCAUGGAGGACAGUACGUCUGAUAAGGGAGCGCCUUGUAGCACCACAGGUGGCGUUAAAGAGGAGCUAAAAGGAAAAUGGAAAGAUAACCCUGUGCCUAUGACAUCAUCGAUGCAAGCUGUAGCCGCCACCUCCUUGUCCUCCUCGAGUAGCCCCGUUAAGGGAGGCCGAGCUGUGAGCAAGAAGCAGCAGAAGCUGGCAGAAGCUGCAAAAGGUUCUCGCAUCAUCUCGCAAUAUUUUAGGACACAGACGACGACGGAGGUGCUUUCCUCCCCUACGGAUGAUAUGAGUCCAGAGGAAAACAUGAACCAAGGGCAGGAGUCGCCUAGCAUCUUGGAGGCUGUAGGUGGCGCUGUGGAGCCAGUCGUUCAAGAAGACAUCAUUGUGAUAAAUAGUGAAGACGAAGAAGAGAUGCUUCAAGACACUGAACUGAACAAUCUGCUGUCCACCACAGAAGUGGACACAACUCAGGAAGGCCGCAGUGUAUCCGUAACACAAGAGGCGUGCGUGUUGGAAGCCCAACAAGAGCAGCUUCCGCCAGCCAAAAGAGGUCGCUCGGCGGAGAGUAAGGGGAGCGGCCGGAGAGUGACCUUUGACCCCACCGUGCAGCAGAGGGUCCUGCAGGCGGGUCCAAUAACGACUGUGACGCUGAAGGAGGCUGCUGACGUGGUGGUCCGCUACCUGGAUCCGUUUUACACUCAGGGGAAGUUCGCUAACAAGGACCUGUUCAAGUCCUUCGCCCGCUAUCUGUCCCAUCUGCUGGCAGAGGGGAGGAGCCUGGCCAAGGGUCAAGUCAAAGCAGAGGCCAAGGCGCUGAUUAAGCAGUUCUUCUGCAACGUCAAACGCUGCGAGAGCGAGGCGGACUGGAAGCACCUGAAACGACCCGGUUACUGUGAAAGCACCACCAGUCGGCGAUGACCUGGAGAGGACAUGAAGAUUUUAGGGCUUCUUCUUUGUCAGUGCCUAAGCUUGUCUUGUUGCUGUAAGCUCAGGUGUCUCAGACACACACACACACCUAGACACUUUCACACAAUAGCAGCGUGCUCACACCAAGUCAUUGUACCGUGAUGGUACAUCCUCCUAGCCCCUCCCCUAACACCUGUGUGAAGCUGGCCCUUGUCAUUGCAAUAUUAAAAUACUACUUCUGUUCGUUUGUGCAACAUUUGUUUGUGCCAUUGUCAUUUUCAUUUGUGAAGUUUCUAAGUAAGUCUAAAAAUAUAUUUUCUAACUAGUGAUGUCACACAGCACCCCCUACUACCCCCCCUCCCCCCCCCCAAGUAAAACGUUUGUGCUGUUAUGGUUUUCAUGCUAACGUUCAUCUUUAUUCACAUGCAGCUACCCUCCACCUUGUCUAAAUCGUUCUAAACUUGUCUCAAACAUUUGUGCUACGUUUGUGCUGUCAAGAAAAAUGUUUGUGUGACAGUCUUGCACCUUUGUGCUGUAAAAAACAUUUAUGAUAUUAUAGUUUUCAUAUUACUACAAUUAUUUGAUUAUUCCCGACAGCCCCCACCCCCAUUUCCUGCCCAAAUCUUCCAUACUUGUCCCAAACAUUUGUGUAGUUUGGGCUAAAGUUGUGCUCGUUUGCACUGUAAAAAAAACAAUUUGUGGUAUUACGGUUUAAUGUUAUUAACAUUUCAUUAUUAUUCACAUGCAGCCCCCCAUCUUUUCCAAAUCUCUACAAACGUGUCCUAAACAUUUGUGCUACAUUUGUGCUGUCAAGAAAAAUAGUUUGUGCUACAGUUGUGCUUGUUUGCGCUGAAAAAAAACCAAAACAUUUGUGCAAUUAUAGUUUUAAUGUUAUUAACGUUUUAAUAUUAAUCAUACCCAGAACCCCCCAACCCUACACACCUUGUCCAAAUCUCAUUAAACUUCUUGCCCCAACCAUUUUGCUACAUUUGUGCGGUCAAGAAAAAUCUAAACAUUUGUGCUAUUAUGGUUUUAAUGUUAACACUCAUUAUUAUUCACAAGCAGCCCCCCACCUCGUCUAAAUCGCUCAAAACAUGUACCAAAUGUUUGUAGUACGUAUGUGCUUUCAAAGAAAACAUUUGUGCUACAGUUGUGCUUGUUUGUGCUGUAAAAAACAUUUGUGCUAUUAUGGUUUUUAUGUUACUACCAUUUUGUUAUUAUUCCAAUGCAGCCCCUCGACCCUCUUUUUUGUUAAAAUGUCUUACAAAUCACAAAUUCCAAUUUGUGCUACAUUUGUGCUGUCAAGAAAAAAAGUGCUACAGUUGCACUCUUUUGCACUGUAAAAAAACAAACAUCUGCUAUUAUGGUUUCAUGUCAACAUGCAAGCCCCUCACCUUGUCCAAAUCCCUCCAAACAUGUCCCAAAUGUUUGUGCUACAUUUGUGCAGUUGCAGAAAACAUUUUGUGAAGUCAAUGAAACAUUUUUGCUACAGUCGUGACCAUUUGUGCUGUAAAAAAAAAAACAUGUGAUAUUAUGGUUUUAAUGUUUUUACCAUGUUUUAAUUAUUUACACGCCACCUUGUCCAAAUUUCUCCAUAAUUGUUCCCAAACUAUUUUCCCAAAAAAUAGUCUGUGCUACAGUUGUGGUUGUUUGCACUGUAAAAAAAAAAAAAAUUCUGCUACGUAUUAUGGUUUUCAUGUUAUUACCAUUUUUCAAUUAUUCACACCAACCCCACAACUUUUCUUGUCCAAACAUAUAUCAUUUUCAAAAAAGCCAAUUUGUGCUACAGUUGUGCUCGUUUACGCUGUAAAAAACAAACAUUUUUGCUAAUAUGGUUUUUGUGUUAAUGUUUAAUAUUAUUUACAUGCAAUCCCCCCACCACCCACCUGUCCAAGUCUCUUUAAACUUGUCCCAAACAUUUGUGCUACAUUUGUGCUGUCAAGAAAAGUCUGUGCUACACUUGUGCUUGUUUGCGCUGUAAAAAAAAACAUUUGUGCUACGUAUUAUGGUUUUCAUGUUACCAUUUUUCGAUUAUUCACAUCAACCCCGCACCUUUUCUUGUCCAAAUCUCUUAACAAUCUCACAAAUCACAAUUUGUGCUACAUUUGUGCUUGUUUGCGCUAUAAAAGACAACAACAUUUGUGCUACGUAUUAUGGUUUUCAACUUAUUACCAUUUUUCAAUUAUUCACACUAACCCCACACCUUCUCCAAAUCUCUAACAAUCUCACAAAUCCCAAUUUGUGCUACAUUUGUGCUAUAGUUGUGCUCGUUUGAGCUGGAAAAAAACAAACAAUAUUGCUAACAGGGUUUUUGUAUUAAUGAUUAUUAUUAUUUACAUGCAAUCCUCCCACCACCCACCUGUCCAAAUCUCUUUAAACUUGUCCCAAAUAUUUGUGCUACAUUUGUACAGUCAGGAAAAACAUUUGUGCUGUCAAGAAAAAUAGUUUGUGCUACAGUUGUGCUUGUUUGCACUGGAAAACUACCAACCAUUUGUGCUAUUAUGGUUUUAAUGUUAUUGUUCAUUAUUAUACAAAUGCAAGCCCCUCGCCUUAUUUAAAUCCCUCCAAAUAUGUCCCAAAUGUUUGUGCUACAUUUGUGCAGUCAAGGAAAAAUAUUUGUGCUACAGUUGUGCACGUUUGUGCUGUAAAAAAAACAUUUGUGAUAUUACGGUUUUCAUAUUUUCACCAUGUUUUAAUUAUUCACACGCAGCUCCCCACACCCCACCUUGUCCAAAUCUCUCCGAACUUGUCCCAAACACUUGUGCUACAUUUGUGCUGUCAAGAAAAAUACUUUGUGCUACAGUUGUUCUCGUUUGCCCAAAAAAACCAAACCAACGUCUGGGACAUGUUUGGAAGGAUUUGGAUAAGGUGAGGGGCUUUCAGGUGAAUAAUAAUGAACAUUAACAUUAAAACCAUAAUAGCACACAUUUUUGUUUUUUUGUAGCACACACUAUUUUUCAUUUGUAAUGGUUUGAAUGUUUACAUAUAGGCUCCAGCACCCCCCGCUACCCGAGAGGGACAAGCGGUAGAAAAUGGAUGUAUGGAUGUUAUUAAAGUUUGUUAUUAUUCACAUGCAGCCCCCCACCUUGUCCAAAUCUCUUCAAAUGUGUCCCAAACGUUUGUGCUACAUUUGUGCUGUAAAAAAAACACUGUUUUCAUGUUAUUACCAUUUUUUGAUUAUUCACAUCAACCCAACACCCUUUCUUGUCCAAACAUCACACAAUCCCAAUUUGUGCUACAGUUGUUCCCGUUUGUGCCUUAAAAACACACAUUUGUGCUAUUAGGGUUUUCGUGUUAACGUUCAUUAUUAUUCACAUGCACCCUCCCACCACCCACCUUGUCCAAAUAUUUUUAGACUUGUCCCAAAACAUUUGUGCAGUCAAGAAAAACAUUUGUGCCACAGUUGUGCUCUUUUGCGCUGGGAAAAAAAACAACAUUUGUGUUAUUAUGGUUUUAAUGUUACUAACGUUCAUUAUUCCUCACAUGCAGAGAGAAGAGAUUUGGACAAGGUGGGGUGCUCCACAUUUUCCAAAUUUGUCCCAAACGUUUGUGCUACAUUUGUGCUGUAAAAAAAACAUUUGUGCUACGUAUUGUGGUUUUAAUGUUACCAUUUUUUGAUUAUUCACAUCAACCCAACACCCUUUCUUGUCCAAAUUCCCCACAAUCUGACAAAUCCCAAAUUUGUGCUACAGUUGUUCCCGUUUGCGCUUUAAAACAAACAUUUGUGCUAUUAGGGUUUUCGUGUUAAUGUUCAAUAAUAUUUACCUGCAUCUCCCCACCACCCACCUUGUCCAAAUCCCUUUAAACUUGUCCAAAACAUCUGUGUUGUCAAGAAAAACAUUUGUGCUGCAGUUGUGCUGUAAAAAAAACCUUUGUGCUAGGUAUUAGGGUUUUCAUGUUACCAUUUUUUUAUUAUUCACAUCAACCCAACACCCUUUCUUGUCCAAAUUUCGCCCAAUCUCCCAAAUCCCAAUUUGUGCUACACUUGUGCUACAGUUGUUCCCGUUUGCGCUUUAAAACAAACAUUUGUGCUAUUAGGGUUUUCUUGUUAACGUUCAAUAAUAUUUACCUGCAUCUCCCCACCACCCACCUUGUCCAAAUCCCUUUAAACCUGUCCCACAUAUGUGUUGUCAAGAAAAACAUUUGUGCUACAGUUAUGCUCUUUUGCGCUGGAAAAAAACAAAAAAACAUUUGCGCUAUUAUGGUUUUAAUGUUACUAACGUUUAUUAUUACUCACAUGCAGCCCCCCGCCUUGUCCAAAUCUCUCCAAAUGUGUCCCAAACGUUUGUGCUACAUUUGUGCUGUAAAAAAACAGUUGUGCUACAUAUUAUGGUUUUCAUGUUAUUACCAUUUUUUUAUUAUUCACAUCAACCCAAUACCCUUUCUUGUCCAAAUUUCUCACAAUCUGACAAAUCUCAAUUUGUGCUACUGUUGUUCCUGUUUGCGCUGUAAAACAAAAAUUUGUGCUAUUCUGGUUUUAAUGUUACUAACGUUCAAUAUUAUUCACAUGCAUCCCUCCACGUUGUUUAAAUCUCACCAAAUUCUUGCCCCAAACAUUUGUGCCGUCAAGAAAAACCUUUGUGCUACAGUUUUGCUCGUUUGCAAUGUAAAACAUAAAACAUUUGUGCUAUUACGGUUUCAAUGUCAACAUAUUAUUAUUCUCACACGUGCAAAUCUCUCCAAACUUGUCCCGAACAUUUGUGCUGUCUAAAAAUAUUUGUGAUAUCAAUAUUUCAGUAUCAAUCUGCACGUUACUAUGUGUGAAUAUAAUUAAAUAUAGUAACAUUGUAACCAUAAAAGCACAGAUAUUGUUUUUGAUUUGGACAAGGUAAGGGGCCUGCAUGUGAAUAUUUAUAUAAUGUUAAUAAUACCAUUAAAAUCUUAUUAGCACAAACGUUAAGGAAAAGGUGGGGGGGCUGUGUGUAAAUAAUAAAAUGUUAACAUUAAAACCAUAAUAGCACAAUGUUUUUGGUUUGUGCUGUCAAACAAAACAUUUGUGCUAUUAUGGUUUGAAUGUUAUUAACGUUUUAUUACUCACACCCACAGUAACGUGCAUAUUGAUACUGAAAUAUUAAUACCACAAAUGGUUUAAUGUUAACGUUAAAACCGUAAUAGCGCAAAUGUUUUUAUACAUCACAAAUAUAGCACAAAUGUUUUAUUUCAACAUUAAAACCAUAACCGCACACAUUUUUUGGAGAGCACAAAUGUUUUUGAGAGCACAAAUGUAGCACAAAUGUUUCUUAUACAGCACACAAUGUUUUUUUAAUAGAACACAAACAUUUUUUUUAUGUUAUUGACAUUAAAACUAUAAUAGCACAAAUGUUUUGGAGAGCACUAAUGUGGCACAAAUGUUUUAUGUUAACAUUACAACGAUAACCGCUCAAAUGUUUUUGAGAACACAAAUGUUUUUGUUAACAUUACAACAUAAUAGCACAAUGUUUUUAUGUUAACGUUAAAACCACAAUAACGCAAAUGGUUUUAUACAGCACAAUUAUAGCACACGUUUUUUUUAUUUCAUCAUUAAGACCAUAACUGCACAAAUGUUUUUGAGAGCACAAAUGUAGCACAAUUGUUUUUUUUAUACAGAACGCAAUGUUUUUUAAUACAACACAAAAAAAUGGUGAAUGCUUUUGACAUUAAAACAAUAGCACAAAUGUUUUAUUUCAACAUUAAGACCAUAACUGCUCAAAUGUUUUUGAGAGCACAAAUGUAGCACAAAUGUUUUUUAUACAACACAAAUGUUUUUUUUUACUUUACCAUUAAAACAAUAGCGCAAAUGUUUUUGAGGGAACAAAUGUUUUUUUAUACAGAACGCAAUGUUUUUUAAUACAACACAAAAAAUGUUUCAAUGUUAUUGACAUUAAAACAAUAGCACAACUGUUUUAUUUCAACAUUAAGACGAAAACUGCACAAAUGUUUUGAGAGCACAAAUGUAGCACAAAUGUUUUAUAUACAACACAAUUAUUUUUUUAACUUUACCAUUAAAAAAAUAGCGCUAAAAUGUUUUUGAGAGCACAAAUGUAGCACAAAUGUUUUUUUUAUACAGAAAGCAAUGUUUUUUUAAUACAACACAAAUAUUUUUUAAACGUUAGUCACAUUAAAACAAUAGCACAAAUGUUUUUAUACUGUACAAAUGUAGCACAAAUGUUUUGUUAACAAUAAAACCAUAACCGCACAAAUGUUUUUGAGAGCACAAAUGUAGCACAAAUGUUUUUUUAUACAGAAAGCAAUGUUUUUGUAAUGCAACACAAACAUUGUUUCAACAUUAGUGACAUUAAAACAAUAGCACAAAUGUUUUUAUACUGUACAAAUGUAGCACAAAUGUUUUGUUAACAAUAAAACCAUAACCGCACAAAUGUUUUUGAGAGCACAAAUGUAGCACAAAUGUUUUUUUAUGCAGCACAAAUGUUUUUUUUUUACUUCAACAUUAAUACAAUAAUAGCGCAAAUGUUUUUUUAUGCAGCACAAAUGUUAUUUUUUUAUGUUAAUGACAUUUAAACAAUAAUAGCACAAAUGUAGCUAAACAUUUUCAGGCUUUGUGAGAUUGCACAAGGUGCAGCGAGUGACCUCACUGGUCAGAAAAUAUAAUUUAGAACGGGCUGAAAACCCUUUAGUAGCACAAACAAAAGAAUGUACGGAACAAACGGAAGGCUGUGUUUUUUAAAUAUUUGCAACGACAAGGUUCUGCUGGCUGGUGCCCACACUAAGUAUUGACGCUAAUACCCGCAUGAUUACUUCUAUUUGGCUGUAUUACUGCAUUUCCUCUGCCUUUGUGGAUUAUUUUUUGUCUUAUUUCAAGUCAUUCUAAUGAUGAUUUCUAUUGUGGAAAGUGGCGCAGUCUGUCACUACGUGGGACGGGAGUGCACACAAAUGUAGCGCAUGUGAGCGAUUUGACUUUUGUACUAUUUUGAGUCUUAUUUCAUUCCUCAUAUAAAAGGUGCUGGUUAUCAUUAAUACGGUGCAAUUGGCCUCGUGUGAGUACGCCAUAAAAAACUGUCAACUGUCUUUUUUUGCUUUCCCAUCAAAUGACUGUGAUCAGUUUAGGUUUGCAUUCAUACCGGAAUAAACAAGUGGAUGAAAUACACAAUAAUGUGAAUAAUGCAACGUUUAAUGAUAUAGUAUUACGUUUUCCAAUAGCUCUCUUUUUUGUAUUGCUGCUGUUUGUCUUUGACUGAAAAACAGAGGCAAUUUAAAUUAUUUUGAUACAAUUUUUGCAGAAAUAAAUGCAGUUCCUUUAGUAAUAUGUUGUCAGACCGGCCUGUGGAGGAAAGCCAUAGAGCACCCCCAACCCCUGAGCACCUCAAUGUUGUUUUUUUCAAUAAAGAAUGUACAGAAACGGAACAAAGCAAGCACAGCGAGGCAUGUAACAUGAUUUGUGUCGAUUAAUUAGUGCUAAUAAUGUCCUCAGAUGGACAAUUAAACACCCCCCUGUGUGUUUGUGUCUUGGGUACUUGGAGUGCUGAGCAGCUAACGGUGACGUCACCUCCAGCCGUGCUGCCUUCACAGGCUCCGCGUUUUUUUUCAGCUAUAUUUUUACCUGUUUUGAUCAUUUACACAUAUUUAGUAAUGGGGGAUACUGAAUAAGAAUGAUGUAUUGUGUUUUUUUAUUGUGCACCCAAGUGUGACGUGUUCCCAGAUUUGUAAGCAACCGUGACGCAAGGAAUUUAAUGG